GCGAAUUCGUCGCUGCGAAUAGAAGCCGUACCCGUGUCGGUGUGAGCGCGUGCAUGUGCCGGAGUCUUCGGCACUCGGCAUUUCGCCGGAAAGUGUUCGGCAACUCGGCCAUCAUACGGCCACUUCAGCGUCAACUUCGGAGGUGCCCACAUCGGCGGAUACUUCGACCAAGAAAAGGCAAGAUUUCCAAGAAUUGCAUAGUAAAACGGACCGUUGAGGGAGCAGAGCUGAGGUAAGUACAGUUGCUAUAGCUACUUAUUACUUUAUAAAACGGGAAAUGCGCAGCAGAAAGAAAAAACGUUUAGUCAGCAGCAAAAAGUUAUUCUGUCGUGCUUAUGUGUUCGUUCGUGUUUUUGGUUCGACAUACAUACAUACAUAUGUGUGUGAGCUUUUGCAAGUGUGUUCGUGUAAGUGAGUCCGCAUAACUUUCGUGCAGAGUUUAUCGUGAAGAAUUCCAUCGGAUAUAAAGAAAAAAUCAUUGCUCAAUUGGGUGCUGUCUUUACUGACGUAAGAAAAUAAUAAUGUAGUUACAACUUGUUGGUGCGUGCGGUAAUCGAUAAUUCGAUUUUGUUUAUCGAUAUUUGGUGAACGUAAGAAAAGGAAAUAAGGUUUGCAUUGGAAAUAUCCUUUUUGGUCUAUACAAAAUGAGAUAUGUUUACAAAAUUCCAAAAUCAUUCUUAAUAUAUUCAUAUUUCUAUUAAAUCAUUUAUUUAUAAAUGUAAACUCGUAACAUUUUAAUAGUACCGAUUGUAUCGACAGUAGAUUUUUGCAAUUGUUUACAAGUUCGAAAAACAACAAAUAUCGGUUAUUCUAAGCAAAACAAACGGCUGUUGAACUGUUUUUGUGUAAAAUAUGGAAAUGUAUCUGGUUUCAUGUGGAAUGAACCCGUCUUCUUACUAAGGAAAGAUCGACUGCUUAAACCUUUUUCUUAAAGAAGUCGUGUUCAUUAAUGGAUUUGGAUAUCAAAAACAAAAGGAUUAAUUUUGGAGUACGUAAUUCUACAAUUCAAAUUCUGAUGCUAAAAUUCAUUUAAGAGGCUGGCAAUGUCACGUUAUGCAAUUCUGUUUCAUUGUAAAACCAAAAUGAAUGAAAAAUGACAUUUUCAGGACAUAAAUCAAUUGCUCGAAGGUGGUUUUUAAAUGCAUCGUACAACAAUACGGAUUCGUCAAAAACCAACCAAAAACAAUACAUAAAUGAUUUACAUACAAUGUUAAUAAGUAUGGUAAUAUUGGAGCUAUUUUUUAAAAUCUUAACCAAUCAUUGAAAAAUUGGAAUACUUCGGAAAUCACGAUUCGAAUUCCUUAGUUGCAGAAUAAUAAAGGAAACGAAGUAAUGUAAAUCGGAAAACGAACGAUAUUUGACAUUUAAAGAAAUCUGAUGAAGAAUUCGUAGAGAUUACUGUCACACCAUUAAAUACUGGUAUCGAAAAAUCAGUUACUUUCUUUGUUCCUAAAAAAAACUUAUCUUAAUAGUGAAUUACCCAAAUUGGGAUUUAAGAAAUGUUUACCCGGCUUCUUCAAGGAAAAUUGGUUUCUUCGUAAUAGAGUGAUACAAACAACUCUUUAUUUACUUUUUUUAAAACUGGUCAGUUGUAUGUUUCCAACAUACGAAUAUAGUGGUUCAUUUCCAUGAUAGCAUCGAUAAAUAAUAUUGAAUAAUCCGAAUUAUGUGCUUACUUAAUAUGAAGAUAGUUCAAUUCAAUUGUAUAGACACAAUCAAUACACAAUACUGCCCUUUAAGUGGCUGCAUUACCCGUAUAUUAAUGUUUGUAGGACUGUUUACAAUUUCCGAAGGGAAACUCCACCCUUCAUUUCUACUAUUGUCCGAUAGUUCCAAGUCAUUUGGUCGUUUUAAAUGUGUGUGUAUACUAGUUCGGUAUUCGGCAGUAAACAAUUCAUGAGUACAUAUACGUAUAUUUGUUGUUCUCUGAUCUCCGAUUGUAAAAUAUUGUAUAUUAUCAAAAAUAAUAAGAUCAGAUGUGCUUAGUUGAAAACAAGAUUUAAUUUCUUGAGCAACUUUUGUUCGUACAACAUAUAUUAUCUAUAUUUUGCCACGUCGAUUAAGAAAUCUGGGAUUACGAUCAAGGGUCGUAUCAUACCGUUUGUUUCAUAUUUCUGUUGGCUAGCUUUUCCAAACUCCAAACAAACGUACAUACAAGAAGGCAAGAUAGGCACACAUGUUUGAAUGUGUGUUUUGCACUCCACCGUUUGUUGAUCCGAACUUCAUUUAAUACCUCAGUUCAGGUAUGUGAUUUGAGGAAUACUAUGUAUAUCUAUACAAAUAUAUAUUAUAUAUAUAUAUAUAUAUAUAUAUAUGCUGUUUUUAUUUCGUUGCCGAUCGCAACACGAUGAGAUUUUUUUCUGCAAAAGCAACAAGAACAGCAUUAAAAAUUUCGAUUGACCUACGGCACUUAUACACUGAUAUUUUCUUAGUGCUACACGCACAUCACUGCAGCUUGCGGCGAAUUCGCUUCGCCGUAGUUUAAUGCGCAUUUGUUUCUCUUGGCGCACAUCCAUACAUAUAAUUUCUGCAUUUUAUUCUUGAAAGUGCCCACCCUAGGCGAGCGUCGUGUUGUUGCUUUCCUGGGUUUUAUUUAGUGAGUAUUAGAGUGAGUAGGUGCGUAGUGAUGACACUAAUGAAAUAUCGAUAGUCAGUUGUAAAAAAAUACUGCUGCUCGAUAAUUUUUUUUUUUAAUAGCGUAGGGAUUUUAGUAGAGAAAGAUAAUAUUAUUGGGAUUUAUUAUAUAACUGCGUAUCGUAUAUGCAUAUAGGUUAAGAAAGAUACAUAUAUGUAUGUAUGUACGUACAUAUACACCAAAUGCAAGCCUAUCGAUAGCAGCUACCCGUAUUCGGCGCCACAGUUGUUGUUGUCAUUCGAUUUGACGACGCCGUGAACUUCACAUGUGUGUUGCCUUCUUUCGAACAGUUAAUUAAGUUGGGAACGGAAAUCGCUGAUAUGGAGAGUUAGGAGAACGCGAGACAAAGUAAACCGACCCUUGUAAUAACUAACACCCACAGCGGAGGAGUCGGAUCCGUCUCAGGAUACCAGUGACUGGAGAAUGGAUAACGAUGACGACGUGGUGGAGGUGGUGGACUGUGAUUCCUCGCUGCAGGAGGAAAUCAACGCCAAGCUAGUAGGGUUGCGAAAGUUUGUGCCUUUUAUCCAGCGUGUGCGUAUGAAUUACCAAUACACUCUUUCCGAGGUUCAGGCCCAUCGUCUCGAUGCACUGGUUGGUCUUCUGGAGCGUGAAAACAUAUCCAUGAGUACGCUUAACAAAAUCGAGCUGAUUAUUGAAAAACUAAAGAAGAGGUUCAAAUUGAGGGUGCCGCUCAUCAGUGAGGAAGUCAUCGAAAUAAAAGACCAGAAUGAAGUCGAGUCAGCUGCGUCAACUCCCUUCGGUCAGUCAGGCUCCGCCGCACAGAUACCCGACAAAGAGCCUCAUCCAUCCCAUCAAGCUAAGUCUUUGGAUGCUAGUGUAAUGUUAGAAGGCAUAAAAAUCCCUUCAUCAGCUGUCACGAAACCCAAGUCCUUAGAUGUGGGGUGCAAAACAAACGGCUUUGCCAGGCAUUCAUCAGCUGCCAUUGAGGCUACACCAGCGUUACCAACAGCACCAGAGUCGAAGAGCAGCUCUAGCGGUUGCUUGACCAACAACAAGACUCCAGGCUUCUUGUCUAAAACGAAACCUUUAGACCCUGUACCCAAUUUAAAAUCAACAAGUUCCUUGUACACCUCAAAGAAUACAAUGGCUCAGCUAAAAAAUGACGGGCUUAAUUCCGUAUCGGAAACUCUUACCUCACCUAGAGUUGCGGUUCAGGCUCAACAUAUUACACCACCAACCAUUCCAGAGCCAGCGUCAGCGCCAGCCACGUCUUAUAAAAAAAGCGAGUCGUUACCAAGUCAUGGCAUCCGAGGAGUGUUAGCUGCUAUGCAGGAGGCUCGCAUGGAGGAAAAGAAGGAACGAGCUAGCGCCCAACUAACUUUACGAUCAACCAAAGAAUCAAUUAUUUCAGCUUCAAAAGAAACGAAUGUUUCUCGCCGAUCCCUUAAACUAUCUCCACAGUUCACACGCCGUUCGUUAGCAAGUUCGAUGCCAGCAGAGAAGCCGGACUUUGUGCGCCGGAGCGCACCGCACGUGCUGCCUGUUUCCCCGCAGCAAGGUACCACAAGACUUCCCGAAAAGGAUUUAUCCACGUCGUUGUCGCUACAAGAAUCACCGGCUUUAGAAAGAGUUAUUGCACUUAGCCCUUCAAACACGCUAGAGGAAGCCCGUAAGAAGCUAGCCGCUUUGCGUGGAGGAUCUGGGGCCGGGAUUGAUGCGCUGCCGUUGGCCUCUAAUAUAAACGAUCCACGCGGCAAGAAGAUCUUGAACAUGCCAAGUAUAAUUAGAGAGAAUAACACCCGCGUGCCACCAGUGAACGCACCGCCCACUAUUCGCACUCCGUCGCCUGUUCCGCCGGCGCCCAGUAUGAGAAACGGAACGUGGACCCAAUAUGCAAACAUUCCCAAUGUCCAAUGUGUUUCGGAGCAUAACUCAGAAUCUCCUGGAGAUUCUCGAGUAUAUGGAGCUUCUUUCAAUAAGGAGCCUAACCUUGAACAAAGACCCUUUUAUGGCAGUGAUUCCAGAGAACCACGUGAUCCCCGCAAUUGGCAGAAAAAGCCUUCCCACAUGCAUCAGCAGUUGCAGCAGCAACCACAAAAGUCUCAGAUACCGCCAUAUUCUAACGAUCCGCGUCGUGCUUCAAGCAUUUACAACGGAUAUGAAGAUUCGCCUAAUAGCUGGCAACCAAAUACUAAUAACAAUAAUAAUCAGAAUGCUAACAGCAAUGGAAAUCUGUACAACAAGUCCAGCUGGAGUGGCAAAAAAAAUGGGAAUAUGACCUCCACAAGAGGUGGAAAUGCCCAUGGUUUCAAUGGAUCACAUAGCUUUCGAGGUGGGCAUCGUGGGGGCCACAGUAAUCGGAGCUUCAGUAAUCCGAGUUCCCGCUUUGAACGCCAGACUGAUGUACCUCGCACGUAUGGGGAGCACCGAAAAGCCAAGGCUCGCGCAGAGGCGGAGGCCAAGGCUCGCGCAGAGGCGGAGGCCAAAGCGCGCGCUGAGGCGGAGGCCAAGACUAAAAUUGCGGAAGAGCAACGCAUGUUGGAUCUGGAAGUGCAGCGUCUAUUGGAAGUCAAAGAAAAACAAAAGCUCCUUGCUGCCGAGAAGCAGCAAAAUGUGGUGAAUAGUAAAACCUUAACGGAGGCAUCGACCACUCAUGUGCCGGAACUGGACACCUCUUACCGCACUGUCACUCUCGGUCCAUUGACAAAAAAGCUUGACUUCCGGAUCCCAAAGAAAACUCCCCCAACAGCACCAGCAACAACCCAAAACUUUGCUUAUGGAGAUGGGGACCACAUAGGCUGCUCUUCUAAUUCAAAUUUCCUCACAAGCAAACCCUGUGAUGCCCAAAAAGAUAAAGGUACUGAUAAGAAUAAAAAUAAGAAUUUAGAUAAGGCUAAGAAUAAAGAGAUGGUGGAGAAGGGAAAAGAUAUGCCGGAAAGCACUAUUGACAAGUCCCUAAAGCAUCACAAGCCGUUAGAUAAGAAGUUAGAAAAGGAAAAGAAUAGAUUUGAUAAAAAGGACCAGAAACUGGACAGGGAGCAUGAGAGAAAGUCGAGAGUUCUUGACGAUAGUUCAUCGGAGAAUACGGACAACUUGGAGAAUGAACCACCUAUUAGCAAGACUAACUCUUCUCCCGUUUCUGAGCUAGCUGCCAGCUCUCCUGAUAGCCUCCAAGCUCAGCCAGCGCUUGAGGAUUUGGGCAGCUUGGCCCCGAUCCGUAAAGCGCCAAGUGAAAACAACUCUUCAACCUCGAAAGUAACGUCUUUAACAGAUGGUGACGAGGAAGGUAAAGAUACUAAAGAUUCAGCAGAAAAAACUUUGAAGGACCCCUUGACUUCAAGUUUAGAAAAAAAUAUUGCGAACGAGAAGUCUAAGGAUAUUGCUACCCUACAAGGAGAAGGGGAGGAUCAACCCCCAAAGCUCUCCAAGUUAAAAAUUGUCCUUGGUCCCAAUGCUCACACUUUGUUGGUGAACCCUGAUAAAAGUACCCUGCAAAAGGAACAAAAGAUUACAGACCCACUAGUUGAUGAGCACGACGACGAAGAGGUGCCCGGCCCGUCUCUUCAACUGUUGCACCGAAUCAUGCAGCGGCGUAACUCCUUGGCUCCAACGGCCAGUAAGCCUUUGGUAGACAAGAAAGAGAUCUCUACUAGUCUUCUCUACGAGGAUCUUCAAGAACAGAAACGCAAGUCUCAAAACGCCCGAAGCCUUGCCAACAUGUUUGAGAAGACCAGCGAUAACUGCAGCGUGUCCACACAUAACAUAAUAACCGGAAAACGUCGUACUCGAGGGUUAGAGACAUCCUUCAACGAGACGCAUCUCAUCCGGAGUUGUUUUGGCUUGGGCCAGAUUAACAGGUCGAAAGCAAAGGGCACAGAUGGGAACACUACCAGGGCAAAGACUCCUGCUCCUAACCCAAUCAAACUUCCAGAAGAUUCUUUGGGUGUAAGUAGUCCUAUUUCUACUGUAAAUCGUAAGCGUAGGAGGCAAACUAUUUGUAAGGAAACGCUGGAUUUGCCGGUCGAGACUAAAAAGGCUCGCUUAGAGGACAAAGAGGCUAGGGGUACACCUGAUAAGCAGCCGGCAGAAGGGGACAUGGAGGCUCAGAUUAUGGAUGUGAAAGAAAGUUGCUUAGAACCAACUUCUGGCCCCCUUUCCGAAAUACAACCACAACCGAAAUCUCGCAAGAAAACACAACAAAAACGUAAUAAGUUAGGCAAGCGAGAAGACAUUGUGGAAACAAUUUGUAAGGAAACAUCAGAUUCGCCGGUGGAGACUAUAGGGGCUCCCAUAGAGGAUAAAGAAACCAAGAAGGUCGGUGAUACAUCUGAUAAACAGAUCCCAGAAGACAACAUUGAGGCUAGCCUUAUGGAUGUUCAGGAAAGCUGCUUAAAAACUAGCCCCGAUUCCGCAAUUCAACCACCGCCGAAACCGCGUGCAAAAGCCCGAAAGAAGCGUAAUGAGUUAGACAAACUAAACGAUGACAUUGCGCAGAUGUACAACCGCGAAGAAGUACUUCGGGCCACCGGACGCAGGGCUUGUACCCGCCGUUCCCGGACUCCAUCUCAACCGCGAUCCUCUAGCCAGCGAUCCCGAACUCCAUCUCUAUCACGAGCCUCACCAGUCCCUGAUAGCAUCUCUAGCGUUUCCACAUGCAGUCCGAUUUUCAUCCGGAAUGUGGCGCGAAGGGGGAAAGCAUUCAGUCCUGGAACCCAAUUGUCGCGUAACGGUAUUUAUAGGCCACAGUUUAAGGGAUCGCUAACGGCAACUAAGCUAUUCAAGGUGAGGAUUAAGCGGUGUGUUGCUUUGGAAGAGAUUCUUAAAAAACAGGAAAGGGAGAACAACAAAAAGCUAGAUACAGAGGAAAAUAAACCAUCGAAAAAGGACAAAAACAAGAAAAAGGAAAUUCGUAACAUAAAUCCUGAAUGGCAUUCUAAGUCCAAGGCUGUCAAUAAGUGUGUCGUGUGCUCAAAGCCGAUCCGCAGGAGCCCUAUCGGUCACUACAUGAUGCAUCAUAAGGAGCACUACGCCGCCCGCUUGCCACCUGAAGUGCUUGAGGAGCUCCGAGCUGGGCGUGGCAAUCGUCCGGACUACUCGAUUUCCCAGAAGCGAAUAUUUAUGUUGCACUUCACCUGUCCAUUCUGUCAAAAGACCCUUCUCCUUAGCCAGCUGAGCCUGGGCGAUCAUCUGUCCGCCCACAUGGGCGAGCCGCGUCAUCAGUGCUCCCGUUGUCAUUUCCCGCAGAUUCGCUACACAAAGCUGCAAAGGCACACCGCGACCUGUGGGCCUGGGGCCAAGCCCCUGAGUAAUCCCAAAAAUGGCCGUUUCCCAAUGAUGAUACACGUGUGCCAUCUCUGUCAGUUUGUCCAGCAGAACAAAGAGAGCAUGGACCGGCAUCUGAUGGAGCAGCAUGAUCUGACGAUUGAACAGCUUGGGAAUGUGGAGCGCGAGGAAUUAUUACUUUGCUCGACAACGGACGUGCCAAGCGCAGGGUCAAAUAACGAUGGAAAUGCCAUUAUUGAAGAGGAUCAGGAUGGCACGGCUAAAGCUAGUACAAGUGCUACUGCUGGGACACACAGUAAAUCCAAGACAGCGAAAAAAAAUAAACAGAAAAAGAUCAAAAUUCGGUUUAAGAAUAUGGCUAAAAGGUCCGUGCGUCUAGUUAAGCAAGAAAGAGCAGAGCUGGAAGAACGGGAGGCACAGAAGGAGGAGUAUACGAAGAAAAAAGUGGCGGUGCCUAAUAUGAAGAUCGAGGAGACCGUGACGCAGCUUCCACUGCCUCCGCCAGAGAAGGAACCCGUACUGGUUGUAAACGAGUGUCUGAUGGACGUCGAAAUGGACGCGGAAAUAGAAGAAGCUGUUGUCGAUGAUAAUGGCAUUCAAAACAAGAGCAUCGUAGUGGACGAAAAGCCUAUCGUACUGCUCGAUGUGGCCGCAGAACUGAUGGAAACAGAGACAAACUUAUUAGAUCCAGUACCAGUCGCUCCCAUGUUAAUAGCGGAAAAUGUUGACGUAGAUGACGUGACUUCCCAACGACCACACUCUCUGCAGCCAACUGCUUCAGUUUGUCCCGAAGUUAGCUUGGCCGAGUUGGACGGGGAUCUUCUCGAUGGAAUUGGCAGCGAUUGUUCCGACAUUGAGAGUGAAAACGAACAGGUGAACUCGAAUGACGAUGACGACGCUCUCACCGAUGAGUGGGUUGAUUUGGAGACGGCCAAGCGCAACUCCAAGAGCACUAAGAGCAUUUUCCAAGUGUUUAAUCGCAUUUGUUCACGCCUUAAAGGCGCCCGACCCGGAAAACCAAUGGCCAAUAGUUCGGCGCACAGCAGCGAUGGCAGCAACGAUGUGCCCGAUCCCAGCGAGCUGAUGCCUAGAAUGCGACCAUUAGAGCCGGAGCCGCUGACGAAUGAAGCGGAAUCGGUGGCCACUGCGCCUGUGCCAGUUCCUAUCACAGCUACGCGUGUGAUCUCGCCGCUCAAACGGGUAGAAAAUGUAGCCUUUCGAAAGUGUCCUACAGAUGAAGAACAAAAUCGGGCAUCAUAUUAUUGCGUGCAGCCGGGCUGCACUUUUCUAUUCUCCAAUGAACUUGAAGGUCUUGAGAAUCACUUUACGUUGGAGCACCCACGUAUUUUCUGGAGCGGAAAAUGUGCCAUCUGUGCGGACCCUACGACAGUAGGAGCGAAUCUUAGUAUUUCCGAGGAAUUGCGUCACAUGAGGGAAAGGCACAUGGUGGACACAGCUACCGUAACUCUGCCUUCUGCAGUUACUGUUCCAGAGGUUGUUCCUGCUUCUGUUCCCAUGCUUCCAAAGCUCAGAGUUCGCCGUUUUACUGGCGAUCGAUGUGUAGAACCACCUGUGGAGCAAAGUCAACCUACAGAAGUUGUUCCACUCGAUGCCAUUGAUCAGCCCAAUGAGAUGCUUAGGGGUUUGCUGGUGGCGGAUCAUAGGCCACCUAACAAUCACGUUGACUUUCAUGCAGCCGGAUUGGGUGAGUUUUUUUGCUCCAAGCCGAAUUCUCCGCCGAAGGAGCCAUCUGUGGAGCAGCCCUCGAUAAUCAACUAUCAAAGUGGCUUGGGCUUGUCGAUUAGCCAGGUUUACAGUAGGGAUCAGAUGACUGCGAAUCCAGUGCUCUCGCCAGCUGUUCAGGGCUCUCGGCCUGAACUUCCGCCUGCUAUUGCAUCUCAAGAAAAGAGUCGAAAUCGAUUUCGUUGCAUGGCCACUAACUGCCUUUUCACCGCCCACAAGGUUAUGUUCGUUCGGGAACACAUGAAGUUUCACCGCUUCAGUUUCAGUACCGGCUACCUGAACUGCUCCUACUGCUCUCAUGUGGCAGUCGAUGUGGACGACUAUUUGCGACAUGGGGUAAUCAUUCACGACCUGGCGCCACUUUCCGAUCUAGAGAGUGGAGCUGAGCCACCCUCCGUUAGUCAGCAAAUCCUGGAUGUGAUCAAUCAACGAGGCAAUGCGAACAAUGGUAACCUCGCUACCACGAACGCCACGGCCGUGCUCACAGUGAACGGCAAUGACCUAGCGGCAGCCGACAGUUCAUCUGCUCCUGUUUCCUUAUCUGUUGCGAUAACUGAUCUGCUUAGACCCACCGGAUACAGUGAGGACAAACUAUACGCCUGUCCAUUUAAAAACUGUACCGUGCGACUGUCGGGGGAGCAAUUUGUAAUCCAUCUGCGUUACCAUAUCCGCAGCACUCACAAUGUCAGUAGUCAGGUAAAGUGUAAAUACUGUACACAAAUGUUGGAACCGCCAGCACUUCGUACGCAUCUGCAACAAGCCCAUGCCCGCCACAGUAUCUUCUGCGCAAUCUGUUUGGCCACGGCGGUUAACAGGCGUAUUAUGCUGUAUCAUAUGCGCAAUGAACACCGAGUAGCUUUUGACCUGGCCAACCGACAGUUGCAGUUUAUCCCGCUGCAAAUGCAGCCUAAUGCUGUCCCUGGAAGUACCGUGGAAACCGAGUGCUUUGUGGCUGCCGUGGAAAGUCCCUUUGAGGCCCACCAAAUGCACAUUUUUCAUCAAAAGCUUUUCGCUGAACUGGAACGCCGACGUGUUGGUACAAAGACUGACUUCCGCUCUUCUGAAGUGCGCCUUCUGCCUAGUAAACCGAUAUUUGACCAAAAAUUGGGUUGUGCUGAGUGCACAUUUUCUACCUCGUUGCGGUUCGUACUGCAGAAGCAUUUACACGAUCAUAAGGAGAAGGCAAUUCGGCAGGCCUACCAAACGGAAGAGCAGCAGUCGGUUUUAAAUUCCGAGGAACCGAGAACUUCCGGGGCAAGUUCCCAAGCGUUACUGCAAGUGGAUCCUUCUGUUCCCGGCAUACAUAAGCCUCUCAAGCCGCCGUGUGCAUAUGUGCCCUCAAAUAUUCGGUACAUCUGCCCCGUAAUGCGAUGCAGCCUGCUCUUUUCCACGGAAUCUGGACUGCAUCAGCACAUGAUUUUACAGCACAAGUAUUCGGAAUGGAUGUAUUGUCAGCAUUGCCAAAUUCAUCUGGGUCAGAUCGGUGAACAGAAGUAUUUGACCCACCUGUUAAUGCACAAACGGCAUGUCUUUCAGUGUGGGGCUUGCGCCCGUCAUAAUAGUAAGCGCGCCAAAAUCGAGCGGCAUAUCCAGGAUCUUCAUAAUAACCAAAAUGUAGACGUGGUGGUACACCGCCGAAAUGAUACUGACAAAACGACAAACUGCCGCUGGCUUAAAGCGCCAAAACCAUCUCGUCACUCCCAGGGGGAGUUCAUCUGUAACCUGUGUUAUGUGUCCCUUCCUUCGGCCGUGCAGAUUAUGGCACAUACGAUGUCCGUUCACGAACGAGGUUACCAAUACCAUUGCCCCUACUGUACCUUUGGCAACAACGUUACCACCGCGGUCAUCGAUCAUAUUCUGAGAGAGCACCCGGGGAAGCGUGUGCAACCGGUGCAAAUCUACCAGAUUUCGUCAAUGAAAAACAAGCAAACUAUCGGCUUCUACUGCAAUAUUUGUCAUCAUGUUGCCAGCACCUUUCAGAGGAUCACAACCCAUUGCGAGUCGAAACACAAAUCGCGCUUCGAAUGGCAGUGUCCGCACUGCGAGAUCGGGAUGAUGGGGGAGCGAUGUAUAUCCCAACACAUUAUAUCGGAGCAUCCGGAGGGAAUAGGACUUGCAAUAACCCAGUUCGAACGCGUUAUUAACGAAAUACCCGACGACUUGAGUUGGAGUAUGGGGCAGCCGAUCGUAGAGGAGAAAGAAAUGGACCAGUUGCCGGAAACGGACUUGCCGCUGCAGGAACAGGAAGUAGGUCCGACUCUGGGCCUGAGUAAUCUUGGGUCGAACGGAGAAUCAGCUACAAGACAGUUUUUGGAUCAACCCAUCGUUACGGAUGUGGUGGACCUGCUGGCUUCAGAAGACGAGUCUGAGGAGUCCAGCGAGAGUCCAGAUGAACUGAAAACCGUGGAGUUCGCCUGUACACACUGCGAUGAAACGAACAGCAGUUUGGAAGACCUGCGCACAAAGCACUGGGCCCUUGUUCAUCCGGACCUGCCCUUCUACUUCCGCGUGCAGCCCCAGCUGCUCUGUCCAGAGUGCAAGAGCUUCAAGGGUAACGCAAAGAAACUACGCGAAGAGCACCUUUUAAAGGUACAUUCCAUCCGGAGCUUCGUAGCCGCAGACACUCGACGUCCGGCAGAAUGCGCCUACUGCGACUACCGCUAUAACAACUGUAACGGCCUUUCGAACCACAUUAGUCGGGUGGGUCACCUGCCUAAUGACUUAAAGCAUGUCACAAAUGGUGAACUUGAUGCUCUGUUGUUGCUCAGUGCUUGUGGAAGCGGUGUAAACGAGUAUUACCAGUGCGAUCUGUGCAGCGUGGUAAUGCCCACGAAAUCCGCAAUUGGUCAGCACGGUCAAGUGGAGCAUAACAAGCCCGGCGAGCGCUUCUGCUUCCGGCAGCUGAAGGAAACGGUGGUUUACCACUGCUUCUACUGUAUGUUUAACUCCACCGAUGAGUUGACUACGUUGCGCCACAUGGUGGACCACUACAACCGCUUCAAGGUUUGCCAUUUCUGCACACUAUACCUGCCUGGUGGCUUUGAUGAGUACAUCCAGCACUGCUAUUCAUACCACCGCGAUGAUGUACACCGCUUCCGGAGCGUGCAUCCGUUUAGUGAACUGAAGAAGUUCCUCAUGCAGGUGCACUUCCAAUUCCAGAACGGCUUGAUUAUUACAAAGAGUAGCUUACGCUAUACACGAUACAAUACCGAAACAAUAAUGCAUAAGUUAAAUGCUGAACUGAUGGCCAAGGUCCAGCGCCCGCCAAUUCCACGGCUGCAUAUCAGACUCAAAUCGCCGGGACAGUCGCAACUAGAGGCCCAGGGGCAUCAAACUGCUCCGUUGGCACGUAUCGCAAAACGACGGAAGACGCUAAAUCCGGAUGAACUUCUUCGUAUAGCCCGCCAGGAGGACCAAGCUCAAAAGCAGGAUCAGUUUCAAGGUGAGAGAACGACAGUAGCGAUGAAUUAUGCCGCUGAUCCUAAUGGCACUUUCUUAGCUUUGUCGACGUCUGCUAUUCCUUCUCCGAUCGUAACCUUUCCGACUGUGUCGGAGGUGGGCAAUCUGCCCCGUUUACAAAAGCGACGCAACAGCCACGUGGUCCGUUCCGGACCCUUAAACUAGAUAAAGACUAAGACCAUACCAAUAUUAUUUAUACUUUGAAAUUACUCUUUCGACUCCCAGCAUCGAUUAUGAACCGUAAACGUACUUUGUGCUAGUUCCAAACUAAUAAAGCAUUAAAGAAUAUCUUUUUUUUUUAACUUAAUUUAAACAUUUUUACUACAUUUGUAAGGUAAUUAUUAAUAAUUAGAAGCAGCAGGACAAAUUGUAUGACGAUAUUACGCCGGAUUCAAUUAAUAAAACUAUAAUUUUAGAUAAAACGGA